AUGGACACGCUUCACGCGAGAGCCGAUUGGGAGAGUGUCGGGGACAGGUGGUUCCGCAAGACGCAGCAGUAUACAAGUGUCUUUGACCAAGAUCUCGACUUGGAUAAUUAUAUCGUUACUGGAGCUCCGUAUGCUGGAGCCUUAGCACUAUGGCGCGACGACACAAAGCUCCUGGCGUAUCAACCAGGACGAUCAGCUAAACCAGCAAUCGAUAUUUACAGUCUUGCUGGCCAGAAGCUUCGCAGUAUUCCUUGGGACAAAGGUACCAUCAAAGGCCUUGGAUGGUCCGAGGAUGAGACUUUACUUGUCGUUACUGCUGAUGGUACAGUCCGUUGUUAUGACCUGCAAGGAGACUUCACACAGUUCUCCUUAGGCCAUGGUGCCGAUAAUUAUAGUGUUGAGUCAUGUCGAUUCUACGAUCAUGGCAUGGUAGCUCUCCUAGGAAACAACUCACUUGUGACAGUUUCAUCAUACUCAGAGCCCCGACCCAAGGCUCUAGCUCAGACACCAGAGGGCGAGAUUCACGCAUGGUCUAUCGUCUCACCAAACCACACGUUAUCUAGGUCUGUCGAGGUGCUAUUGAGUGUCGAGAAGACUGUGUACGUUGUUGAUGCCACCGAUUGCGAAGACCGCUUCCUCGAUAUUGGACCCUUUAGCCAUAUCAGUGUUUCUCCAGAUGGUCGAUACGUGAAUCUGUAUGCUGUAAAUGGAAAGGCCCAUGUCAUAUCGAGUGACUUCCAAGAACGGUUGUUCGAACACGACUCUGAUUCCCAAACUCCGCCUCUGUAUGUCGAGUGGUGUGGAACUGAUGCCCUUAUUGCUUGGGAGGAUGAAGUGCAUAUUAUUGGGCCUGGCGAUUCUUCAUCUUCAUACAUCUAUGAUAGCACGCGAGUCCAUGUUGUCUCUGAACACGACGGUGCUCGUCUCAUCACGAAUGACUUUUGCGAGUUUCUGGAAAGAGUGCCACGAGACACCCUUGAGGUUUUUGGUCAAUCUUCGGAUUCAUCCCCAGCUUCAAUUCUACUAGAUGCUGUGGGCCAAUUGGAACUUCAGUCUCCCAAAGCCGAUGACUAUAUCCAGCUGAUACGACCUAACCUUACAGGGGCGGUGGAUACUUGUGUCAAUGCAGCUGGACGUGAGUUUGACACUCAUUGGCAGAAGCGUCUACUCAAGGCCGCCUCAUUUGGCAAAUCUGUGCUCGAUAUUUAUAACAGCGACGACUUUGUUGAUAUGUGUGAGACCCUGCGCGUGCUCAAUGCUGUGCGAUACUACAAGGUCGGCAUGCCACUGUCCUUUGAACAAUAUCACCGUUUGACACCAGAGAGUCUCAUACGGCGACUGCUUAACCGCCAUGAGUACCUUCUUGCGUUGAAGAUUGCGGGCUAUCUCAAGCUACCCACAGACCGGAUCUACGUACAUUGGGCGUCGAGCAAGGUCCGUGUAGGAGGCGAGGACGAUGACACUAUCUGCCGCUUGAUUGUUGAGAGGUUAUCUGGCAAGCCUGGAAUUUCCUUUGAGGAGAUUGCACGUGCAGCAUAUCAGGAGGGAAGAGGACGACUUGCUACGGAGCUUCUCAAUCAUGAACCUCGUGGUGGUCGGCAAGUCCCGCUUCUUUUGAGUAUGGAGGAAGACGAGCUCGCUCUGGACAAAGCGGUCGAGAGUGGGGACACAGAUCUAAUGUUGACAGUCCUAUUGCAGCUCAAGAAGAAGUUGCCCCUGGCUGCAUUUUUCAGGGUUAUCAACGCACGACCGACAGCAACAGCUCUGGUGGAAGCAUUGGCUACGGAAGAGGGCGAUAAUACGCUUCUGAAAGACCUUUACUACCAGGAUGACCGUCGAACAGACGGUUCCAACGUCUUUAUUCGCGAAUCACUCAAGCAGCCUGAUGUCCGAACAUCAUCUGAUAAGCUCACUCUGGCGGCAAAACUACUCGCAGACUCUAAAGAGUCCGCAUUUGAGGUUCAUGCUCUGAAAGAGGCUAUAACUCUGCUGCGCAUGCAGGAGGCUUUUGACCGGGACCUGACGGAUACCUUUACGGGUCUAAGCGUCAACGAAACCAUGUUUAAGCUUAUUCGGCUUGGCUACCAAGGAAGGGCUAAAAAGAUCCAGAGCGAGUUCAAGGUCCCUGAGAAAGUGGCAUGGUGGACUCGAUUACGAGCACUAGUAGCCAAACGAGACUGGAACGAGAUCGAAGAGAUCUCCAAGACAAGGAAAAGCCCUAUUGGCUGGGAGCCCUUCUUCAACCUCACUCUCCAAGCCGGCAACCCACGGUUGGCAUCUGUGUUUGUUCCCAAGUGUACAGGCUUAGAAGCUGGAGAGACGAUUACUAUGUAUGAGAAGUGUGGCAUGCGCACAAAGGCGGCGCAAGAAGCUGUGAGACUCAAGGACAGCGAGUCGUGGGAGAGACUUCUUGAGGAAGUGGGUAGGGGGACACAAGAGGGACGAGAGAUCGAGCGAUUGGGCCAAUCCGUUUUCAAGAAGUAG